AUGAAUCUUUCUCUUUGUAGAGGCGACGACGAUCACGAGAGUGUAAGGAUGUCCAAUCUACACUCGCAGAUGCAAGGCUUGAGCCUCGGCGACAACAACAAGCCGAAGCAGAUUCAAAAGCUUCCAUCGAAAUACAAACCAAACGACGUGAAUCGCAUGCCAAAUUUGAUAAAGAUGGCUAACACACUCAACACACAAACCACCACUCACAAAGCGAACAAUGACAGCUUGAUUGGUACGUAUGACGGUGGUUUAGAGCGCGACGAGGAGGACAGGAAGGGAGAUAGCGCUGGUGGAGAUAAAGGGAGGAUUCUCGACUUGCAGUUGCGAGGACAAGCGUGGAAUCUCAACAUGUUCGACGUUGGUAGACCGCUAGGAAAGGGUAAAUUCGGUAGGGUGUACAUGGCACGUACGCGCACGCAGCCGCCAUUCGUCGUAGCUUUGAAGUGUCUGUACAAGACUGAGCUGGUAGAGGCGCGCGUUGAGAAGCAGUUGCGCAGAGAGAUCGAAAUACAGGCUAAUAUGAGACAUCCUAAUAUCCUCCGUUUAUACGGAUUUUUUUAUGACGGAAAACGGAUAUACCUGAUGAUAGAGUUUGCAGGGAAGGGAGAGCUUUACAAGCAGCUGAACAAGCUGGGCAGAUUCAGCGAUAAGAGGUCAUCGCGGUAUAUAGCGCAAAUGGCAGAUGCACUGCUUUAUUUACACAGCAAGCAUGUUAUACACAGAGAUAUAAAGCCUGAGAAUCUGCUCUUGGGGAUCAAUGGCGAGCUCAAGAUAGGUGAUUUCGGAUGGUCGGUGCAUGCACCGGGAAAUAGAAGGACGACUUUGUGCGGGACACUCGAUUACCUUCCACCGGAAAUGAUUGAAGGCAGGGAACACACGGCGGCAGUUGAUCUGUGGAGUCUGGGCGUAUUGGCGUAUGAGUUCCUCGUUGGAGGACCUCCGUUUGAAGAAUCAGGACAUAGCGCGACAUAUAGACGAAUCAGUAGGGUUGACUACAGUAUACCACCACACGUAUCCCCAGAAGCGGCAGACUUAAUCAGCAAGUUGCUGGUUCAUGAGCCCCACCAAAGAUUGGCGUUGGAAAAGGUACAAAUGCAUCCAUGGAUAUUGAAGUACAAGAAGUCUUCGAGAUCGACAGGGGUCGUUGGAUAG